CAUAAACGAUUCCGGUCUGUGUACAUAAUGUUAUAUGUAAGUAACCACUUCAAAUUUAAAGGGAAAUCAAACCAGUGACAGAAACAAGAUAAACAAAAUAAAUAAAUAUCUCUAUUAAUUUAUUAUAUUAUUUUUAUGUCAUAUCCGCGAGUUUUAAUAAUAUUCUAUACGAGACUCGCGUACGGCGGGAUAUUUCACCCGGUAUUUCGUUCCGAUCCGUCUGGUAGCUCUGGGCCGUCUCGGUGCAUGUGCGAAUGUGAAAACGGCGGGAAAAUCUGACUUUAUCAUCGGGCAUUUGUUUACAAUGUUUACAUUAACUAUUUUUUUUCUUCGUUCGAGUCUUACGUCGUUGCUCGUCGACUGUUAUACCGCACCAUCUCCACCGCGAAUUUGACCGGACGCAAUUUUUUACCACCGUUGUUGUUUCUCCGCAAUUCGUAUUCUUUUCUCUGCGUUUCGUGACGCCCACAGUACGUACGACGUUUGUCGACCGACUAACCGAUUUUUGGACGACGUCAUCCAGUGCGCUGCAAGUACCAGAUUUUCGGUACUUCCUGUGCCUAUCCCCAUAUACGGCGGCCAACGAGACAUGCAGGUAUAUGAUGUUUUGUGCACGAUAUAGAAAUAAUUUAUUAUUCUUAUAUAAUAUUUAUAUAUUUUAUACAUGACAUUAAAUGUAAUAUAUUAAAAUAAAUACCUAUCCAUUUGCCUACCUUUAUGUAUGGUUGUGUGUGUGUGUGUGUGUGUCUGAGCGCGCGCGCGCGUGUGUCACUUCUUGUGAAAUUUUUUUUGCAGAGCGCCGUGAAGAGUAGACAGUUUGUGAAAGAAGGUCCAACGAAAAAUGUCAGCAUCAACGUCAACUAUGACAAGCUGGAGCAGAUUGGCGAAGGGACGUAUGGAGUCGUGUACAAAGCGUUAGACAAGCAGACCGGCAAGUUUGUUGCCCUGAAAAAAGUCAGGAUGGAAUCAAGUGCAGAAGGUGUACCUUCGACAGCCAUGAGAGAGAUUUCAUUGUUGAAGGAAAUAAACCAUGAAAAUGUCGUUAAACUCUAUGAUGUCAUUAUGUCUGACAAGAAAUUGUUUUUAGUAUUUGAAUUUAUGGACUAUGAUUUAAAAAAAGUAUUAGAAUUGCGCAGAAAAGAAUUUGGAUUCGGAUUACCUGAACCUCAAAUUAAGAGUUACUUAUACCAAAUACUAAAUGCAUUAGCGUAUUGUCAUAUUCAUCGCAUAAUUCAUCGAGAUCUGAAGCCACAAAACCUUUUAGUAAAUACUGCAGGUGGUAUAAUAAAAUUGGCAGACUUUGGAUUAGCUAGAGCAUUUUCAUUUCCCCUCCGUAACUAUACACAUGAAGUUAUUACUUUAUGGUAUAGAGCUCCUGAAAUAUUGUUAGGAGCUAAAGUAUACACCAUGGCUGUAGAUCUCUGGAGCCUUGGGUGUAUAUUCACAGAAAUGAUGACUUUAAGGCCAUUGUUUCCGGGCGAUUCAGAAAUUGACCAGUUAUUUAGAAUCUUUCGGACUCUUGGAACUCCAACAGAUGUCACAUGGCCUGGAGUAGAUCAAUUACCAGAUUUUAAACCAUUAUUCCCACUAUGGGAAGCACGCCUUAUUGAAGAUUUCUUACCUGAACUCUCUGAUAAAAAUCAACAAAAUGUGUUUUAUGCAAUGUGUACCUACAAUCCGGCAAACAGAAUGUCGGCUGAAAAAAUAUUGGAAAUGGAUUAUUUUCAUAGUUUAAGACUGGCAUCUCUACCGGAAACACCUUAAAUAAUAUCGAUAAUUUUUAACUUUUUUUAGUGAGUUAUGAAUAUCUGGUUUAUUUUGGAGUGUUGAGUACAUUCUAGUUAUACCAAAUUAAAUUUUAAAUUUUAAAGUGUAAAUAGUUAGUGAAAUACUACCAUUGACCAAAAGUUAAAAUUUAAGUUAAUAUUAUGACUUGCUUUGGGCCAAAAACAUAUAUAAAAAAUAAUCGACACGAGUUCAAACCUGUAACAAGAUUAAUGUAUUCAUUUUUUUUUCCUUUUUGUUGAAAAUUUUAUUUUAUUAUGUACUUUAUUUUGUUUUGAUUUUUUUCCCCUUAUUAAUUUUUGUAUAGUUAAAUAUGCAAUUUAUCCCAUAAUUACUCUUGUACUUACUGUAUUAUAUUUUGAUUUUGUAUCAGUAUUUGAAUUAAGCCAUUUAUUAAUUAUUAUUAUUCUUAUUAUCAUCACACAAAUGUGCAUAUUGUACCAUAUAUCUAAAACAUUAAAUUCCAACAUCUCAACUAUGCUGCUAAUAUCAGGAACUGUAAAUGUAGUAACCUCAUGCCACAUCUGGAAUGUUUUUAUGAAAACGUUCUGCACAAUAGAUGAAAAAAUACAUAGUUCUUUAUAAAUUUUGA